ACGUACAUUCAGUAGUGCGAGGCUGAGGGCAGUUGUUUGACUCGUGGCCUAUCCAGAUGAUGAGCAUAGCAAAACAGGUUUCAGAGUCCAGGAUUGAGUACCAGGCUGCUUGCAAUUGUAGCACAGACGCUCGGACGAGGAGCAGACCUCAGCGUAGUGACCGACAUUGCCACACUUGUAGCAGGCGCGACGCGAUAGAGAAGACAUGGUGGAUGUUCUGCUGGAAAGCUGUCUUCGAGUCAGAUUAUGUUGCACGCAGAUGGUGUAAGCAGUUGGAAGUUUGUUGUAGUGUUGUUUUGCCAAUUGAUCCCCCUCAUAAAUUGAUGAACCGCAUGAGUGGUUCCACAUGUAGUGAUCAGAGUUGGAGUGAUGCUCAUGUUCGACCAGGAGCCAUGGCGAGUGAACCGCGUCGAGUCAUGGUGGCCGAGCAUGACAUGGUGCAAGCAGAAACGAGGAAGCUGUUGAGAAAGUGCGAGGAUACUGGCACGACGGAAGGGUGCAUGUGGGAUGCGACCAACGAGACGACUGACCUGAUGGUUUGCGAGAUUACUUGACCUGCUACAGCGUCAGCGUCUAUAGCUCCCACACGUUUGGUGCUUGGGAACGGAUCGUCUUCUUGUCUUACACUGUUACUGCUGACUGGGAACCCGGAUUCAAACUAUAGUCAGAUGCUCCAAAGAAUUGCUGAACCAGACAACACGAUACAAGCAAUGCGACAAGCGAGUUGAGAUGAGCAACGAAGGUUGGACGGUUGUUGUUGUUGCGAUUGCGGCGCGAGAGGCCCGAAAAGAGGGAAACGCCGAGGGCAGACCCACUCCAACCUUUCGGCCAGCUUCAUGCACUGCUCCCCCCGCUGCGAGCCUUUACCUCAGAUCCAGUCAACAUUCCCAUCAACUUUCGUCAAGCGUGAAUAAAUUUUGCA